UGUGCCGUGUGGUUUAUCUUGUUUAUUUGUAUUUUGUAAUUCUUGAAUUAUUCGUCGAGUAAUUAAUUGUAUUCUGUGAUUUCGUCACAUUAAAAUUGUUUCUCUAGCUACGUGCUGUAACAAAAGUCAAGUAAAGACAAAGCAAAGUGAUUGUCUCACCCCAGCCAUCACAUUUUGGUGGACUAAAAUAAACUGUUUUUCAAAUGUCGUAAAUCCAUUUACAUGUGUUCGUUUCGUGACGUUCAAACCGGUAUACUACGUACUGACGGAAUAUCUUAUAAUCUCAACAGUUUUUGUGUUGAUAACCUAUGGCUUUGUAGAAUGAAUUCGUAUUAGCAUCGUCAGAAGGUCGCAUAAAUAGCAGUAUCAAUAAUUAUGACUAUACUAGUGCUGCUUUAUCUUCUAGUGAUACCCGUUUUUGGCUACAAAUACAAUGCAAGAUGUAGCAAUGAAGCAAAUAAUUUAACAUUUGUGCCAGCAGAAGAUGGAAUAGAUGGUCGUUAUAAGGUGGAAUGGUGCACAAACUUGGAACACUAUAACCACUCCUGGGUCAUUAACCUAAACUACAUAGAAGGUAUUCCACCAGAAAAAUGUAAACAAUUUCUGACUAAAAUACCACAUGCUGAGAGACACUCUUAUACAGAAUAUAAAGUUACUAAGAAGUGUAUGAAUACAAUAUGCUUGACAACUUACGAGGAUUUAAUAUUCAAUGGGACAUGCUUCCAAAUACAGACAAAAUUAAAAAGUAUGACACCCGGUCAUGACCAAAUUAACUCUCCUAAAGAUACAAUGUUUUUUACAGAAAAUAAGUUUCCCAAAGAAAUGUUUACAAAUAGUACGACCGUCAUGUCACAUGUGCCAUUGGAGGGCAUGGACCAGCUUCUUUUGUUAACUGGACAGGUUCCAGUAACGGACUAUGAAUUAGAACUGUGUCCCCAUGAAGAGCAUAGCCGCUCAUGUAUACAUGUCACUAACUGUACCGUAGAUGAGCUAACCAGCUACAAAAUAAUUUGCUCUCUCAAGAAUCUGGGGGGCUGCUACAAAGUGUUCUUUACGAACAUAUCACCAUGGGCUGAUGCUGAAAUAUUCGAAAAACAAUCGAGAUACAAUUAUAAUGUCUGUCUUUCGGGUGCCAUGUCGGGGCCUUUAAGCGAAGUCGAUUCGGGGAGCGAUGCCACCACGGCCCUUUUGUGGGGGGGAGCUGCGAUAGUACUGGGCUUGAGUGCGCUCGCGUUAGCGGCACUGUUCACCGUGCGCACGACGCGCGGCAAGCAGUUGCAACGGCAGGUCUUGGAACACUGGCUGAAGAGGUCAGAGACGGUAACUCCUCGGAAGGCGGUGCCAGUCGGUACGCGCGUGCUGCUGAUAUACGCGCGCGACUGCCCGCCAUUCACGCGCGCGGUGCAAAUACUCGCCACGGCUCUGCGUCGCACGGGCUGUCAGGUGAUCGACAUAUUCAGCACGGAAGCGGCGGUGCAAAGUGCGCGCGCGCCGAACGAGUGGCUGCGGCGGCUGGCGACGGACCCGGCGACGCGUCUGCUGCUGCUGCAGUCGCCCGCCGGCCUCACCUUCUACUGCCCGCAGCUGACGCAGCAGUCUUCACCCACUCUGUCAGCGCCGCUGCUGGGCCGCGCCGCGGUGCGCCGCACGCCGCAUGCCGCGGACAGCAUGGCGAUGAUGGCGCUGCGGCUGCUCGGCGAGGUGGCCGUGCACCCGCUCGCCUACCGCAAGUGCUACGUCGCUACUAUCAAAGGGUUGAACUGUGAGAUGGUGCCGGGCGUCACUCCGCUGCGCCGAUACGAGCUGCCCGCGUACGCCGACGUGCUUCUUAGAGACCUCACGCCGGGCGCCGACAACGACGUCUCCACCGACGACGGCCUCAAUCCCACUAGGGGCUCCGACACCGCCGACCUGCUACAGGAGCUCACGGAAGCUCUCAACGAGAUGUGCGAAUACGUCCGCGACAAUCCGAACUACCUUACCGAUGAGCUGUUGUAUAUCUCUUGAUGGAAAAGUUUGAAAUACGGUCUAUUCGCGUUAGGCAUACGGUGAAGUGUCAAUAAUGUUGUAUUGAUCACAGACACGUAAACUGUAUUCACUGAAUUGAGUAUACAAGGUUACCUCGUAAGUCGACCUAGAUCCUAUAAGGGGCUAUAGUUAAGAUAAUUUCUGACUGAUUUGACUAUGAAACACCCUAUCCUAAAUC